CUCAGUGCGUGUGCAGUCCAUAUUAUAAAUUGAGAAUGUGGUUGCAUACAAACGCACUUUUAAUAUAUAAAGCCUAGUCUAACAAACAUUAUAUUUUGGCGGGUGAUAUUAAAGUAUAAAUAAAAAUGUGUGGAACGCGUAAACAAAAUGAAACAAGAAGAACUAGCUGCUUUGAACCUGAUCGAUUUUUCUCGCAUAUCCAAUUGAAUGUAUGUAUCUAAUGUGCAAUUCCUACACGGAAAAACGGAACCAUAUUUGAGCAAAAUUCAGAAGCACCCAUAGAAAAAAAAGAGUCGUUAAGCUUGUGUGUAUUUGAUAGCCUUAGCCAGGCAAAAACAAAACCACAAAAAUGAGCGGUCGUGGGAGCCGUAAGCGUGGUCGACCGCCAAAGACGCCAAAUGAGCGGACUUCAUCUGGACGUUUUAGUUAUCAAUUGCUCAAAAAGCCGAAAUAUCUGAGCGAAGGAAAAUCGCAGGCAAGCACACCAUCAGCUUCGCGCGGCAUUUCCCCACAAAGCGAUGAGUGCAGUCGCAGCAGCCAUAACAAUCACAGCCGUGGGAACCGUGGAAGCGCCGCUAAGAGGGGACGCGGGCGCAAGUCAAAUGUGCAACCCAAUACCAGCAACUACUCCGGAAGAAAAGGGUACGAGUCUGAAUAUCACUAUGGGUCAGAUUUUGGAGAUUCUGAUGACGAUAAAUCUGAUAAUGAGGAUGACAUAUUACUUACCCCCAGCGAUGAUGAAAGCUUGGAUGCAGGCAAUGAGAGUGAGUCGGAAUUUUCCGUGUGCAGCUUUACCCAAAAUGGAGUUGGUCGGCCACCACGUCCGCCCAGUCCGGAUCCAAUUUGGCUUCAAGAAGGCCGGGAAUAUGCUCCUCUUGAUUUGCCGGAUUCAUCAGAAGAUUUGUCUAUUGCAAAUGCACACGUUUUGCGCGCCCUUAGCAUUUAUGAAGUGCUGCGACGUUUUCGGCACUUGGUUCGUCUUUCACCCUUUCGCUUUGAAGACUUCUGUGCAGCUUUAACUUGCGACGAGCAGAGUGCACUUUUGACGGAUGUACAUAUAAUGUUGCUAAAGGCGAUCUUACGAGAAGAGGAUGUUCAGGGCACGCAUUUUGGGCCAUUAGAUCAAAAGGAUACGGUAAACAUAAGUCUGUACUUAAUUGAUGCCAUUACUUGGCCAGAAGUUUUGCGCAGCUAUGUGGAAAGUGACAAGACAUUUGACCGUCAGGUUUAUGAUAUAUUGAGUCGGACAGAAUAUCCGUACACCGGCAUUGAAAACCGUCUUGGCGUGCUCCAGUUCUUGGCAGAUCAGUUUUUGACAGCCAAUUCUAUUCGCGAUGUAAUGCUUCAGGAGGGACCCAUUCAUUACGAUGACCAUUGCCGUGUUUGCCAUCGACUUGGAGAUUUGCUCUGCUGCGAAACCUGCCCUGCAGUCUAUCAUUUGGAAUGUGUUGAUCCCCCAAUGAACGAUGUCCCCACUGAGGAUUGGCAGUGUGGAUUGUGUCGUUCGCACAAGGUCAGUGGUGUUAUUGACUGUGUGUUGCCACAAGAAAAGCAUGGUGUAUUAAUACGACAUGACAGCUUAGGAGUUGAUCGUCAUGGCCGCAGAUAUUGGUUUAUUGCACGCCGAAUUUUUAUCGAAGAUCAAUUGGAUUCCAGUUGUUGGUACUACAGUACAACAUAUAAGUUAAAACUUCUUCUUCACCGAUUAGAUUCUGAAGAACUGGAGGCUCGGCUGCACGCUCAGCUAACAGAGCGCUGGGAGGAAAUCGAGCGUCAGAUGAUAUUGACGGAGUCGUUAACCAAUGAGCACAUGCAUACCAAGCGGAGUUUAUUAGAUAUAGAGCAAGAGGCUACGAAAGUUAUACUCGAAAAAGAGACGAUGUGCGGACCAACUGAUGAUGUCGAACCCAAAUUCGAUGACCAAUUGUCAGAAGCAGCGAAAAAGUCUGAUGAAAGUAAAAUGGUUACGCGUCAGAAAUCCAACCAACUAAACAAUGGCACGCUUUACUUUAAACUUGGCAUGGAACAAGGAUUCAAAAACUAUGUCAACCAGUACGCAACGAAUCCAAUAGCCCUUAACAAGCCACAGCGUAAUGAGGAACGAGACAAACGACGUCAUCUCUCACACAAGUUUUCACUUACAACAGCUUCCGACUUCAAAUGGAUUGGUAUUACUAUGGGAACACCCGAUAAUAUGGUUACAACGCUUAGACAGACAUUGAUAAACUUUGAAUCAAAUAUAGCACCUCCGUUUUUAAAUCCAAAUUGGCAAGUUAAUAAGAAAGUCUGGAACACUGCUGUUAUGAAUGCUCGACACGCAACUGAUUUUGCGACUGUGUUGCUGCUUUUUCAAUCGUCUUUAAAAAGUGUAGUUUUUGCUAAUGUGUGGCAUGAACAACUUGGCCAUAGAGCCUUGCAACGCAUCACUAGCGCUGAACGCGAAGAACGAAAAAAGUUGGAGAAGCGGGAGAAACGCGAACGCGACGAUGAGGAAGAACGUAAUCGACUAGCAUUUAACUACAUCAAAUAUUCUUUGGGUCUGAAGCAUCAAGUGUGGAAGCAAAAAGGAGAAGAAUAUCGUGUACAUGGUCAGUGGGGUUGGCUAUGGCUUUCAAGCAGUCGACGCUGCGGAAUUCGGGCCAGACGAGCUUAUCCCCGGUUGCAUAGUAGAGUUUUUGUGCACUAUACUAUGGGAGCUCAGAAUGACGUUGACGAAGUUGUCUUGAUCGAUCCACGUACCAAACGUUUCAUGCAACAGUGCGAGUCGAACAGUCUUGAUGGUCAGAUGUCCCCUUAUUUACCGGAGGAGUACGCAAACGUUAAAGUUGUCGAAGAUGUUAGCAAGUGCGUUAAAGGUAUCAUCGAUGUUAGCAAAGCUCUGAACGACCCAGGACGUCUUUACUAUCCGAAACUUGCUCGUAAAUGCUGGGUAGACGAUCUACUGGAGCGACGAAAGAAAUUGGCCAAAGUCGAGGAGCAACUUUCUACGAAAAGUGGAACUGAUGUGAAGCCAAUUGCCAUACCAUCGCCUAGUAAUGUUACAGCCAACAACAAACAUACCUACUUGGAAAAGUGUCUGCACCGUCUUACAGAAGUGUCAACAAAAGGAGGGUCAGCAAACGUCAACUUUGAGCUCGUUAACUCGUUGGCUAAGCAAAUUCAAACAGUACGUUUACAGUUCAGUCAGCUAAAUCGAUUUGCCAAGACUUUUCGUUGCUACACGAAGGAGUGUAACACAAACUCAAACGCUGUAUCUCAAAUCACACAAAAUACUUGCUACUCACCCUUGUGUCUUCAGAAAGCUCGUGCAAAAAAAGAACUUCUGUUGCUACUGCGAAAGGCACACACCGCGGGAAAUGGAUCUAAAGAAACAGUGGCCGCUAUCUUAGGUGCUGUUAAGAAGCCGUCUAUUCUCGAACAGAAGUUGACUGAAGGCAAGAGAGAAACAAAUCAGCUUUCAGUCGAUGAAUCGGAUGAUACUAAAUCAGCGGAAACAGAAGCACCACUUGACCUGCUUCAAGAUUGGGAGCAAGCUCGAGCGCAUUCUGUGGCUUUUACUGACGCGCUCUUAAGCGAUUGCUUGCUGAUUGAGACGGAUUUUCCUAAUAGUGCCACAGUUAAAAAAGAAGAGGAUCUGCUCCCAGGAAGCAACACAACAGCUGAUUCUAGCACGCAAGACUCGGACAAAAUGGAUUUUAUUGAAAGUAUGGACGUUUGCAGCAAUGUUGAAAUCGAGAGUACCGAAGAUUCUAUAGUUACGGCGAUAAAUACCUCGUGUUUAGAUGCCAGCGCUGAGGACAUAGACAUGAGACCCGGAUCACGUCGAAAACGUUUCCAAAAAUCUAAAAAGGCCUAUGUAGGAACCAAGGAUGUAUUGGAUCACACGCUGGACAAAGAUAUACCUCUCAAACAAAAUCGCCGAUUCCGUAUCAGUUCUCGUCCGGUUAAGCGUGACUGUUGUACUAAAUAUGAGCGAGAGUAUUUUGAGAACGGAAAGGAGCGUGUCUAUAGUACUACUUCACCGCGCGGUCGUGUUUAUCUUAUCAAUGAUUGGUCCAAGCUAUAUGACCAAGCUGUUAAAAGUGAGGAUAAAACUACAAUUUUGAAAAAGGCCACGUAUGCAAGAUACCCUCUUAUUUCAAAUUUCCUUACGCACAAAAAGAAGCGCAGUUUAUUGGUAUUACCGCGCUACGAACUGCGGAAACUGGCGCGACUUGGGGGAAGGUCAGCCACAAAUGGUUUCCACCACGGUGCCAAAAAUAACACUAUUUGGCAAUACCAGUGCUCGCGUCCCCUUUUCAGAACGUGUUGGUCUUAUCGCACGUGUAAUGCCACAACGCUAUCCUGCAUUGCCCUUCAACUACGAAUACUGUGGUCCUGUCUUCGGUGGGACGACAUGAUAGCCAAGCCGCCGUCGACCGAUGGCAAACAUCAGGUGACAUCGGAAACUGAAAUUGUCACUCUAGAAUUGUUGAAACUUCGUCAUGCUGGUCGUUAUGGCGAAAAAACAAGCUAUUUGCGGCGUAAAGUUGUCAUUCCACUUGAGAUGCCAAAGACCAUCAGAGAGGUCACAUCAAUACGCUCUGGAUUACGAAAACGAAAACGUGCUGAGUCUCCACAGCCAACCGAACCACAAAUAAGCGAGGAAUGGGUCGAUGAAGAUAAACUUGAAUUAUGGGAAAUUAAAUUUAUUGGUGAAAAACAAGAAAAGGCCCGCCUGUCAACAGUGACUCGGUCUGUGGCAUCGCGGCAACUAGAGUCAAGCGGUGGCAACAGUCCAAGUACCUCUACUAAUGGAAAUCCAGGUGGUGCUGGUCGUGUUCAGCUGGCCCCAAAGCCAAACGAAGAUGUUAAAGAAAAAAUGGAACAACAAUUAAAGCUACAAAGAGCCGCGCAUCAACAACGGAAAGUCAUCGGCACAGGCGAGCUCGCUCGAUCCGGAACUCCAGUUAAAGGCCAGAUUAUUGGCAGUAGACGAGUAAUUGUUAAAAAUGCAGAUGGCACUACACGAAUCAUUCAGCAGGCAGUCACACAAGUAGCCCGAGCUGCACCAGUGACCUCCUCGUCAGCAGCAGCUUCGCAAACAGUGCAAAACACAUCUACCACACAAUCCACUCAAUCUGCACCCACCCCACAUAAGGUACAAAUCAUACGUGGACCGGAUGGUAAAGUAAGUGUAAGGGGCUUAAAUCCUGGACAGCAACUAGUACAAAUGCCGGAUGGAAAAUUACACGUAUUGACAACUUCAUCAAAUUCAGCAACUCUAGGAAGCAAAGGCAAGGUAUUACCCAUAAAAUCUCUACCUACACCAUCAUCCACAGCUGUGACGUCAACGUCUUCUGCUGCUGUAGCAUCAGCAGCUCCGGUAAUUAAACAAAUGUCCGUAAAGCAAGUCGCAAAACCUACCGGGGCGCAAACAAUAGCUUCACAGAGGGUUGCCUUACCUCUCGCGCAAAUCAAAAACAAGAUGCUAUUGGCUCAACAGCAACAAGCAUCAGCAGCAACAUCAUCGCCACCAGUACAGAAAAUUGUGUCAAAAGUUGUCGUCAACUCAAGUUCCCCUGGACAAAAUAUGCAACAAGUAUUUGUACAGCCUGGUUCUAAGUUGGUAGUUGGUCAAAACGCUCAAGGACAAAAAGUUAUCAUAUCUGCUUCUGCACAGUCAGGCACAUCCGCAGUGCAACAGCAGCAAGUUGUACAAACUCAAGCCCUUCCACAGCAAAUUCAACAGGCACCACAGCAACAAUCUCAGCAAAUGGCGAUCAACCAGGUGGGCAGUCAACCAACACAAAAAGUAAUCCAACAAAUAGUUAACACAAGUAAUGUCCAACAACAGAUAGUGAUAGGGGGGCAACGCAUCAUACUGAGCCCCGGUCAGACUAUUGUUACUCAGCGAAAUGUACCGCAAAGUCAAGCAUUGCAAAUGGUCCAGCAACAAAUUCAAACCCAACAGCAGCAACAACAACAACAGCAUAUUGUGCAGCCGCAGCAACAAUAUGUUGUUCAAUCGAAUCAAGUUGUUCAAUCGCCUACCACACAAACUAAAUUAGUUAAACAGCUUGUAGUACAUCAACAAACCCAACAAACAGUGGAAGAAAAAGUCCCAAUCAACACCAACAAUGAGGCCAAUGAAACUGCUACCCAGCAAGUGCUCGUGCCCAAUUCGACUCUGGCUCAACAGCUGGCACAGGGAAAGUUGCAAGUAGCUACUGUCAAUGGACAACAAGUAAUCGUCAAGCCUUUGGGAAAUAAUCAGGCGCAAAUAGUUGCACAUAUUAAACACCAAGGGGAUGGUAACGCCCACAUCGUUACCAACAAUACUGCACCAGCAGUGCCCCAAGAAAGUCCGCAGAGCACACCAGUCAAACAUUCACAGCAGCAAUCUCUAACAUCCCACAGCCCACAACAAGUUAUAGUUCAGCAACAGCAAAUUGCACAACAGUGUAGCUAUGAUACUGCUGCUUCUUCAAUACCCCAACAGAAUGUAGCGCCUUCAACUGUCCAACCAGGGCAGACACAACAGCAACCCAUGAGUGUUGAAGAAAGUCUUCUUCAAAACCAGCCGCCUGGCACAGUUAUCAAAUGCGUUACAGCACAAGUAUUGCAAACGGAGCACGGACCACGUAUUGUGUUGCAAGGCUUAGUAGGUAACGAUUUCACGGCUCAACAACUACAGCUGGUCCAAACCCAGGUUAAGCAACAGCUUAUGAAAGCCCAAGAAUCUAAUGGCAAACUAGGAGUCCUAGGCCCAACAAAAAUAUACUUGGCCGUGCAGCCGGAGACAACAGCUCAAUCACAACCACCUCCACUUACCCCAGUACACCAGUCGACUACACAUCAACAACCCAACAUCGACAAUGACACCAUCGGGCCAAUCAUUAUUAACAAAGCGGUAGACACUGGAAAUGAGUUGGAGCACACUAUUUGUGACCAAACUGAUAAAUCUAAUAUUAAAAUUAACACUCAAUCUAUUGGAGUCUCUGCGCUGAUAGAGGGCAUAGAGCACGACGAAAAAUCAAUCCAUAUUAACAACACAACUGUGGAAAAAGGCGUAGAGGAAAAUCAAAGUGAAAACUUUGUAAUCACUAGUGGUUAUAUACAAGAGUCCAUUACAAACGCACUAAAGCAAGGUAAUCUAAGUCCAGAACUAGAAGAAAAGUUGGUUAACAUGCGCAAGCAACAGGAACAACAAAAUAUACAAAGUUUGGAUGAUGGGGAUUUGUCGCCUAGAGGAAGUGUUAAAGAGGACACAUUUACUUCCAAUCGACGAAGCAUGUUGGAGCUUCAACAAAAUAACGAUGAUCUUGAUUGGAAAACUAGAACUUCUACAAAACGACCAAAUGCUAUGACAACAAGCAGCCAAUUUAAUAGAAUUCUCAAAAAAAGUCGCAAUCAGAAAGAAUAUAUAGUAGACAUCAGUGAACAGAAACAAUCCAAGUUAGAAAGGCACAAAGAAUUGCUUAAAAAAAGUAUCCUUCGUAAACGAUCAUUAUUAGAACGGAAUUUACAAAAUGAAAUACGGGAAGAAGUACAGACAAAAGUUCAAAGACAUGUGCGAUCUUUUAGUGUCGUCUCACUAGAAGAGCAUAGUGAAAAUGAAAGAGAACCCGUAUUUUCUGAUCGUCGCGAGGAGCAAAAUAUUGAACAAAUGCGAUGUGUUAAAGUUAGCACCAGUCGAAAUCUAAGAGAAGAAUCUCUUGCAGACAAUAGCAGACAUGUCGUCGGAAGGCCUAAGAAGUUAACAAGGAAACAAGAAAAGUUGUAUUGCAUUUGUCGUACACCUUAUGACGAUACAAAGUUUUAUGUAGGCUGUGACCUGUGCAGCAAUUGGUUUCAUGGUGAUUGUGUUAACAUCACUGAGGAAGCUUCUAAAAAACUUUCUGAAUUCAUUUGCGUUGAGUGCCAGAAAGCACGGGAAACUGAAGAACUUUUUUGCAGUUGUCGCCAACCAUACGAUGAUUCACAAUUUUAUAUUUGCUGCGAUAAAUGUCAGGGUUGGUUCCAUGGCCGUUGUGUCGGAAUACUACAGAGUGAAGCUGAGUUUAUAGAUGAGUACGUAUGCCCUGAGUGUCAGCGAAAGACAGAUGCGAACGCAUCCAAUAUGAAAAUCCUUUCGUCCGGUGAAACUAACGAGCUAAAGGAGUUAAUUAAGCAAAUACAGUCGCACAAAAGUGCUUGGCCGUUUAUGGAGCCGGUUGAUCCGGACGAAGCGCCCGACUAUUACAUAGUCAUUAAAGAACCAAUGGAUCUCAAACGGAUGGAAACCAAACUCGAAUCAAAAGCGUACACCAAACUCGCCGACUUCAUUGGCGAUAUGACAAAAAUGUUUGACAACUGCCGCUACUACAACCCAAAAGAAUCGUCCUUUUACAAAUGUGCUGAAGCACUGGAAUCGUACUUUGUGCAAAAAACUUAAAAGCUUUCGCGAAAGUGUGUUUGGUCAACGUAAUUAGUAAAAGCAUUAACUAAGCUAUUAAACCUUAAGUUAAAAGAGUUUUAAUAUAAAAGAAGUAUCCAAUUUUGCAAGCAUAAAUAUUGUUAAUUUCAUUUAUUUAAUUAAAAGGUCCGUUUGUUAUAAUUUAAAUUUUUCAUUAUAUAACAAUGUCACCUUCAACUAAAAUUCAAAUAUGUAAAUACUAUUUAUUAUGUAAGCUCAAAUAACAAUUGUAAGAAAUAUAAAUGCAGAUCCGUGUAAUGUAAAUAAAUAUUAUAAUUGAGGUCAUAAUAAGUUAAGAAAUCUGAAUAAUUUGCAGAAAACACCUCAGUAAUAUCACCUUGUACAAAGAAUUCAAUUGUAAAUAAAUAAUACAUGCAUUUGUCUUUA